GAGCAGUCAACCAACAAGAGUGGGGUAGUCGCUUCCAAGUGUGCACCUGGGGCACCACAGUCGGAGUACGUUCAUAUAGUAUCAUACAGGAUACCUCUAGGAUAGUGCAUAAGAGAUAGAUCUCGGCCACAUCGCAGUCCCGCAAGAAGCAGAUUAAGUUUCUGGAAAUUUAAGUAAAUUGCUUUAUAUCCUUCGAAUAAAAGCAAAAUGGGAGCAAUCGAAUGGGCUACCGACGAGGAUAAUUAUGAGUGUCCUCUUUCGUCGGAGACGCAGAAGAUGGCGAAGGAGGAGCUCAGAGAGGACAAGAACACCAGAGAUCAGGCUCUGGAGCAGAUGCGCGAUUGGAUCAAGAUGAAUCCGCGCAUUCAGAAUUGCCGUCUCGAUGCGCGAUUUUUACUAAGAUUCUUGCGAUGCAAGAAAUUCAAUGUCCCAAUGGCCCAGGAGGCCACUGAACGAUACCUGUUGCUCCGUCAGGUGUAUCAGAUAGCAUUCCAUAAUUUAGACAUCACAGAACCGAAUAUGGAAGACUUACUAUCAUUGGGAUAUCUCUUCGCUGCACCUGGCCGCGAUGCAAAAGGCCGUCGUGUUAUAAUCGCCAGACCAGGCGUAUUUAAUCCUCACAAAUACACGAAUGUGGACAUGUGCAAGAUUCACGCUAUCACCUACGAGGCGUUAAUGGAAGACGAGGAGAAUCAAGUGCGUGGCUUCGUACAUUUCGCCGACGGUGCCGGCGUUAGUUUCCCUCAUCUGACGUUGUUUACUCCUAAAGAAGCAGUGCGCAUCGUGAAAAAUGGCGAGCGCACCGUGCCAAUGAGACACAAAGAAGUCCAUGUAAUUAACGCACAUCCUUCAGUAAAAUUCGCUCUGGACUUUGGGAUGUCAUUAAUCUCCGAGAAGAUUAGGAACCGCGUGAAACUUUACACGAGCAUCGAGGACGCUGUUAACCACAAGAUGGACGUGAGCAUGUUACCCAAGGAAUACGGCGGUACCAUCCCCAUGAAGGAGAUGAUCGAUUUAUGGCGGAAAGAAUUGAUGAGCUUGAAACCAUCAUUAGUAAACAACGAUAAGAUGACUGUCUGCCUCGAGCUAUAUUCGGAGAAGGCGCGGGAAGGCGCGGUCUCUGCAUUAAAGCAAGGAUUCGGUUGUUCUAGCGUGGGAUCCAACGACACCACGAUGUGUGGGAUAAGCGGCUCUUUCAGAAAACUUGAAGUCGAUUGAUAUUUUAAAUGACUUUCACUUAUAAACAAGUUUUUCAUCUCGAGAUAAGCGGCACGGGAUCAUGAGAUUCAGACUCAUUUUGGAAAUUGCACUUUUUUAGAUUUUUAGAUUAGUUCUGGUAUUAAGAGAAUGUAAUUUUAUUUUUGUAUUACGUAGAUAACAAUACUCAAUAAACAAAGUAUAA